AGCUUGAUUACAUUUUUAAGUGCAGUGAGUGAUUACAGAAAACUUUUCCUAUUAUUCUGUUCUAACAAGUUGCAAUUGAUAAUGUCACUCAGCAACAGUUGUUAGGUAGGGAAGAAAGGCAUGAGGCAUUUUCUCAACUUGCAUUCCACAGAGAUCACAGUUCUAUUAAUAAAAGCCAUAUAAGACCUCUACUUGCUUCCUGGAUACAAUAGAGAUUCAUUUAGUAAUGAUAGGAAUAUUGUAUGGCAUACCUAUUCACCAUACCACUCAGUGUAAGGCGCCACAUUUAGCAUUUGUUUUUCAUAUGCAGCACGUAAGCUAAUGGUGUAAAAAUGCUUAAGAUAGUGUGAACGUUCUUUUUGAAAAGUUCAGAAGGGAGUUUUUUAUGAUGGAGCUUGUCACUCCCUCUUACAUGCUGAAUAACUUUGCCUCAUAUGAAAAAUAUCUGCUAAGGAAGAGCCAUACUUAAAAAUCAAUCUCAAGAUUCCAGACAUAUGCUUAGAAUGGAGCAAAUCACACCGAGUAUCAACAUACCAUAACUGUUCUCCCCUGAAGAACAUAAGCUGCCCUAAAGGCAUUUUGAUGAGGGCUACAUGAUGCAUGGAAAUUCAUGCAGCCAGAGUCCUGACCUAUCUGCAGCAGCAAAAACCAAACACAUCUCUUGUUGAGCGCUGACUCUUCCCUCACCUUAAGGAAAAUCUCUGAGGCUUACAGAAACUUCCAGUGAAGAUAUCUGCUGGGGACUGUCUGCAUGCUUGCUUUCCUGACAGAAACUGAGAUAUCCUAUCGUGUAGAUUCUUUUUUAGUAUUGUACAUUGAGACUUCCUUGAGAGGACCACAGGUUCUAUAUUAUGAUCAGUAUAAUUCAUGCAUGCCAUCUUAAUACAUAUCUUUUCUGAAGGUGGACAUUAAGUUGUCAGAAACAUUGAUCCUAUUGGCAUGCUUGAUUUGUGUAUUUUGAUUUAACUGAUAUGGAAAUUCUGUUAAUCAGUUAUUUUUUUGGGUGGAAUGAAUAACAAGCUUUCAAACCACAAACAGGACAAAUGAAACACUGUGAACUCUGGUGUAGCUUGCUUAAAACCUGAGUUUUAAAGGUGCAUAGCAGUAAGACUAAAAGAUAAUCCUGCAGUAAAGAAAGCAUAGAGCGGCCUACCUGCAAGGUCUUACAAACAACUCUUUUUAAAAAAAUCAAAAAUAAAAUGCCAUUAGGAAGCUCCAGUAAUGGAUUGAGGCAGACCCAAAUGUACCACUUGCAGUGAUCUUUUAUGCAGCUGUGGGGCAUAAGGCACCAGGGGAAUACCAAAAUAGCAUAGCUCCCUGAAGGUGAUGUUCCUUCCCUCACCAAUAGACUUGUUAUAGCCAGCGUUCUGCUAUUCACAGUCUUCUCUUGUAGGAGAUGUUCUCAAACAUUUGCAAUGCAAGCAAACAGCGAGUGAACUUCUGCCAGGGUUUGAUGAUGGCUUUAGGGGAAUGCAUUACGUGCCUAAGUGCUGAGCUUUUUUUGUGAUUGCAGCAAUGCUGCCUGGCUGGUCAUAAAUCCAUUAUGGCAUGCUCCAUCUGUUGCACUAGUGGUUGUUACUUUUUGCUAUGUCUGGAGUCUUUCUGGCAAUAGAUCCAAUCUCUUUCUUUAUGGCUGUGUUCUCUCAUUGUACUUGGCUGAAGAUUAACUCUCUGGUGUUCUGUACCAUUCCCAUGUGGACCGUUGGUCUCUUGGCCUUGUCUCUUUGUGCAGUCUGUCAGUAUGUGAAGCCCAGGCUUGUUUGGUAUCUGAUUUGGUUAGCUUAAUCAGCAUCAUUGCUUUGGUUCAUUUUAAUGUGACCAAUGUAUUAGAAAAUGUUCUGAGUUAUCACUGACUAUCUUCAUGAAGAGAUCUGGCAGGUGCACAGGAAAUCCACAAGGCAAGAUAUGUAAUAAACGGAUCGGUGUUCCAUGCCGGAACUCUGUGAUGACAAAGCAUUUAUAACGUCACAAUUUUAAGCCUUUUCUAAACCUUCCGUUGUGAUUCUCAGCAUCCAGGCAUGUAAGGCGUAACAAAUGGUAACAACCUCAGCAGAAGAGUGUUGUAGCCAUUCUACAGUAAGUACAAGAAGAGUCUUUGUGAAAAACCGAGAGGAGGAAAAAAGGUAGUAGAAAUCCGUCUGUGAAUGUUCGUCAGACCAGAGCACCUGCACCAAUGAUAGACAGGCUUUCCUCGAGAAACAAAUAAUGACAACAAACACUGCUGUUCAGAGGAGCCAGAAUCUCCCCAAAAGACGCCUAGAAAGUAUAGGGGAGUGUCCUGCGAAACGAAAAGCUAGCUGGGGUAUUCUGACCAGCCAAGGUUCUUGGGCAGAUCGCUCACCUCUGCAUGAGGCAGCCAGUCAAGGACGUCUUCUUUCUCUAAAGACUUUAUUGUCACAGGGUUACAAUGUAGACACACUAACUAUUGACCAAGUAACUCCACUUCAUGAAGCCUGCCUGGGAGAUCAUGUAGGAUGUGCAAGAAUUCUUCUUGAAGCAGGAGCAAAUGUAAAUGCUACAACCAUUGAUGGAGUGACACCUUUAUUUAACGCAUGUUCGAGAGGCAGUGCAGCAUGCGCUGAGCUCUUGUUAGAGUAUGGUGCCAAAGCUCAGUGGGAGUCCUGUCUUCCAUCACCAACUCAUGAAGCAGCCAGCAGAGGACACAGUGAAUGUCUGGAGGUACUGAUAUCCUGGGGUAUAGAUGUUGACCAAGAUCUUCCUCAUUUAGGAACACCUCUAUAUGUAGCAUGUGUGUCACAGCAGAUCCAUUGUAUUCGAAAGCUUCUUUAUGCAGGUGCCAAUGUGCAGAAAGGAAAGCAUUUGGAAACUCCACUGCAUGCUGCUGCCCAGCAUUCAAGUACAGAGAUCAUAAACUUACUCCUUGAAUUUGGGGCAGACAUAAAUGCCAAAAACACAGAUUUUGAGAGGCCUGUUGAUUUAGCUGCUCCACGCAGUUUAGUAGAGAGACUGCUGCUCCUCCACGAAGCCACACCAUCUUCUCUUUGUCAGCUCUGCCGACUACGUAUCCGAAAUUACAUAGGAAGAGCUAGACUGCAUCUUGUCCCACAACUCCAGUUGCCAACAAUACUGAAGAAUUUCUUACAGUACAGAUAACAUAGUAAUUAACCUUUAGAAAGCUGAAUAACAAGUCUUCUGUUUAUUGUAAAUUUUACCUAAAGAACUGCUGGGCGGAAAAUAAAGCCUUUUGCAUACUAGUUUAAAAAAAAACGCAAAUCUUUGACACCUGGUGUUGGUAUGUAAUCAUAAUUGGGAGCCAUUCAGCAACUGGUACCAAGGUGCUAACAAGGCUGAAUUGAAUAAGUGUGCUGAUACUCUGGGAAAUUAUUGUAUAGAUUUAGCUUAACACUUACUAACUAGCUUUAGUGCUGUUAAUUUUAUUUGUAUUUAUACUUUAAAAUAUGUUUGGCACAUGGGAACUGCAGCAUUUCUUCAUUUUUAUUUGUUAAGUUUGUCCAUUUGGAGUCAUUAUUUUAUGUGUUUUUAAGUUUCUGUUGUUUGUGUACCUAAAAAUACUUGGUGGUACGUGCACUAUAUACAUUGAUUAAAAAAAAUAAAAAUAAAUAGAUAGCCA